AGUCCACCUUGUCUGGAAUAUUGCUCGCCUCUGUGCAUUUACAAAUGUUUAAAAAAAUACAAUAUCGGAUUUAUAGCGGCUCAGAACGAUUGUCUCAGCUUGUUUUCUUUUUCUGCAUAAAGGCUUCACGCAACAGGCUGCAGCACCCAUGUGAAGACAAGCACGCUGCCACCUGUAACUGCGCCUCCGCUGCAGACUUCGCACGACAGCAGCGAGGAUGAAGAAGCAGAACGUCCGGACACUGUCGCUCAUCCUCUGCAUGUUCUCCUACUUGCUGGUGGGCGCCGCCGUCUUCGACGCGCUCGAGUCGGAGACGGAGAGCUUCUGCAGGCGCAUCUUGGAGCAGAAGCGCAACGAGAUGAAGAAGAAGUACCGUUUUUCUGAGGAGGACUACCGCGAAAUCGAGAGGGUGGUGCUGCAAGCAGAGCCCCAUCGCGCCGGGAGGCAGUGGAAAUUUGCUGGUUCCUUUUACUUUGCAAUUACAGUCAUCACCACUAUUGGUUAUGGCCAUGCAGCACCAGGCACAGAUGCAGGAAAGGUGUUCUGCAUGUUCUACGCAGUACUGGGCAUUCCUCUGACUUUGGUCAUGUUUCAGAGUCUGGGAGAGAGGAUGAACACAUUUGUGCGUUAUCUCCUCCACAAGACCAAGCAGUGUUUGGGCCUUAAACUCACAGAGGUGUCAAUGGAGAACAUGGUUCUAGUGGGCUUCCUAUCCUGUAUUGGAACACUCUGUGUGGGGGCUGCAGCUUUCUCCCACUUUGAAGGAUGGAGCUUCUUCCAUGCUUACUACUACUGCUUCAUCACACUCACCACUAUUGGCUUUGGUGACUUUGUGGCCCUGCAGAAGAAGGAGGACCUUCAGGAGAAAACCCCCUAUGUGGUUUUGAGCUUCAUGUACAUACUGGUGGGGCUUACAGUGAUUGGGGCCUUCCUGAACUUGGUGGUGCUUCGUUUCCUCACCAUGAACAGUGAAGAUGAGAAGAGAGAUGCUCAAGAAAGAGCAUCACUGAAGAGGGACAGAGGCCUUCUGGAUCGGGCUCUGGGUCUCCGCGUUGUGGGCGAUCACAGCAGAAACGACCGCAGGGAAAGGAACAGACACAACAUGGGGUACAGCCACAGCCAAAGUCCGCUCUUCCUCCCGAUGGAGGAGGGAACCAGCCGCACCAACCUAAUUGUUUCCUCAGCAGAGGACCAUGAGAGAGAGAGAAGCCCCUGCAGACACAGGCUGCAGUUUCAGGUGACGGCAGAUGCAUGUAAGGCAGAGUCGAGUCUGAGCUCUCUCUGCUCAUGUGUGUGCUACCGCCUGGGCAUUUGUCCGCUUGUGGCCCGCAGCCAACACAAAGGCCGCAAUGUUGGUUCUGUUUACUACAACUCUGUCUCCUAUAGGAUCCACAGCAGCUCCCUAGGCUCCAGGGACAACACCGGGCUCUCUUCCCCUGGAAGCACACACUCACCGGGGCAUAGCUUCCACAAAUUCCCCCGUUCAAGGAGAAAGUCAGUGUGAAAGCAGUUUUACCUUUAGAAAUUUGUACCUCUUUUGGGAAUAUUCAGGAAGGAAUUAUAUUUUGUAAAGAGAUGCUGAGGUCACACAAUGGUUACAUAAGCUGCUGCUUUCCUUGCAUGUUGGGCAAGUGCAUGCUGAAUUGAAUGUUUAGCACACAAUGUGGCUGCAUGAGUGCUUCUGUAAGAUAUACAAUGUCUUCUAAUCCACCUUUUGAAAUAAAGUAUGUUCAGACAGUGCUUCUUAAUCACGGUAUAGCUGUUCGGUGAAAUAAGUGAUUAAUUCACAGUGAUUCUUGCAUCUGCUUUGGUCUCACCCACAGACACUCAGAGGUCACAAAUUAGUUUCACUAUUUAAUGAGAUUCAAGAUGAACUUAAAACAAAAUCUGCCUUUGCAAGACAAGAUCUCUCAGAGGUAUUUGUUCAACCAUGUCUUUAUUAUUGUGAUGGUAGUGUAGAACUGCACUACAUUAUAAUCACUGGUGAUAGAUGAGUGAGCACUUUUGUUUUCCGUGCAAGGUUUGCAGGUUCUGCCCACCUCUUUCUCAUAUUUUUGAUCUGAAUGAGAUUACUCACAUAUAACAAUCGCUGAUGAUGCAGUGUGUACUUCUCUGCCAAUGUCAAUUAACACUGACAAUUGUUUCACGACUUGUACUGUCUGCCACUUUAUGAAGGUAGACAUUCUGCUUUGUAUUAGAUCUCAUUCGACAGAUGAGUGUAUACUUUUAUAGCAUUAAAAAAAAAAGCCUUAAUGAAUUUAGACCCAGCACAUGAGAAAUGUGGCUCCUUAUAGCUCAGUGAAUUUAAUAAAGCUUACAGUACUUUGUAUUACAUAUCAUUGGGGCCUUUGAUUAGCAUUAAUGCACUGGAAUGUAAACACUGGUUUAUAUUUAAUGGAUGUAACAGAAAACAGAUAAAAUAUGUAGCACGUUACCAGUAAACCUCCCAUUAUCUUGGAAAACAUGAC